AUUUACCAUUUUAUCGCAUGUACAGGUACAUGUACUUUACAUGUACAGGUAUGUACUGUACUGUACAACCUGUACGACCCGCCCAACAUGCAUAUUCAUAACACAAUGCGGAAGCGGGGCCUUAGCAACCAAACAGCUGAGUCCCGCGCAACGUGCAACGAAGUCUAUCGAGUGGGAUUUCUACUGUGUCAAAAAAUCGAAGAUUUUGUUUAUUCAGAAAGGACUGAAAAUAAUCAACUAUGGCUACAGCAGUACAUGCAAGGCCACUUCAAAGCAUGCCUCCUUCACAGAGACUAGAGGUUCUUGCGAGACCCAAGCAACUUCCACCGGGGUAUCGCGAGGACAGGCGAUCUGUUUACUGGAUUGAUAAACUUCCCCCAAUGCCUGGACCAGAGGGUACAACAGCUUUUGUUGUGAACAGUUGGCAGGACACGUUGAGCAAGCCCAAACUUGUCCAUCCUGGCUGGAAAGGAGAAAGGCCCAGCCCCAUAUGGCCUGUCAGCAAAAAUGCCCAGAAGGCAGAAGCCAGCGACCGUCUUCACAUUCUCAGCAACCCCAAGACCACCGUUUCCGGGUUUGUGCCUGAGCGGCCAAUUAUGACAAAGGUCAGUGAGGCCGCCAAGAGUGCGAUGGCAUCAGACCGGAUCGAACAGCUCUCCCGGGCCAAGACCUACGUGCCGCUGAAGAUCCGCGAGAGCUACGAGUUUGACUGCUUCAUGUGGGACCAGGAGAUCUCCAAAGCAGCCCGCAAUGCCCGUGCCUCGGAGCGGCUCGAGGCCCUAGCCGAGUCCAAACGCCACCACCCCAACUUCCAAGACGCCAGGUCCAUCCAGUGGGAUGUCUCCGAGUCUGCGCUGAAAGCCAUCGCCACGUUGCGCUUGCAGCAGUUGGCCCGGCCGAAAAGCCGCAGCAAGUACGACAACUAUGAUCCCUACAAGGUAUCGCCAGCAUCGUUGCAUACGCGGGCCACACCCAGAAUUGAGGAACUCUGCCUGCCCAUACCCAGGAAAAUCCGGCAAAAACGAGUUGUUGGAGGUGGUGGUGGUGGCGGCGGUGCAAUAUAAACAUUUUUCAUAUCCCCUGUGUCCUGAAUCAAAUAUCAUACAUAUACACCUGCAUGUCUUGUAUACAUGAUGUAUUUGCUCCUCACAUGGUAUUUUGAACUCAUAAAGUUUAUUUUCAGACAAGUAUACAUGUAUAUCCCACAUAUUUUUCUUCAUUUUUUGAGGUCUUUUUAGAAAUAAAUGCAGUGAAACUUUGAAAAACCUUGCAGUUUGUGUUCUGGAAGUUCCUGUUUACCUACAUGAAUUGCAUGUAUUCAGAGAAGUUUACAGGGACUUUUCUUCGCAUAUGUUUUCAGUGAAGCUCUUGUGCAAAGCUUUAAUGCUGUGAAAAUUUGUUGAAGGAUUUGAUAGCAUUCAUGUACGCCGCUGUCCAAGCUGGAAACACUUCUGCCUGCAUUUCAGGUGCCAAGGUUUGAAGUAUGGCUCUGAUCAGCAGACACUUGAGUCUUGAUCGUAAACAAGCUGGUUGGUAUUUUAGCAAUAUUCUCAUUAGAUCGUGGAAUAAGCUCCAUUUCAUUCAAAAUCAGGUGUUUGUCAGUAUUGAACUGCAGCAAAAAUUUCACGUUUUCCGUACGACCAACUAUACAUGUAGUAAAAACACCUAAAAAUUACAUGCUUUUGAUAGAGUACUGUCUAAACAUUAGUAAUUCGAGUUUAAUAUCGAAGGAAACAAGUGUAGAAUAACGUUGAUCACUGACUUUUGGAGGUAUGUAUUACAAUUAUUUUGAGUGAGUAACUGGAAGAAGUAUUUUGAACAAAUUAGAUCAAUGCAUUAUCAACUAACACAUAAAUCUGCAUUAUUUUCUGUGGAUUGAAAGAGAAUGUGUACCUUGCAAAGUAUUAAAGAAUAGUGUGAUGACUUAUGGGCUAUAAUUUUCACCACUUGUGAUUGGAUUAGGAGAGUUAGACCAUACAGAAAUAUGAAAAUCCUUUAAAGUUUAUAGAUAAACACUUUGGGAGAUCACACCUAUAAUGAUAAUAUCAUUGAUGCAUGCAAUUGUUCUGAUAUCAAAUUUUGAUAAAUAAUGUUGGGGAACUAUCUUGGUGUAUGCAAGUAGAGAGAAAAUCAACAUUUUAAAGGGACAGUAGUAGAGAUUAUUUAAAGUGCACGUUGCCACUUGUUCAAGACAAAAGUAGUUAUCAAAAUCAGGAUUCAAGACCGGUAUGCUAUUUAUGUUUGAAAAACCUAUCAUAUUUAUGUAACGAUUUUGUUCAUGUUUUAUUUUUGGUGCAUGGAUUAUGCUGUGGAAGUGGUGGACACAUACAAAAAUAUCAUUAACAUGCAUAUAACUAUAAAUUUAAGAUCAAAUUUUGAUACACAAUAUUGGAAAAAUGAGCCGUUUAAAGAUUAAUUGCUUAGUCCAUUUUGUUAUUCUUUGAUCAUACACGUAAUGCAUGUACAUGUACAUGAGGCAUCAGGCCCUCAUUUGAAUGUUCAUUGUAAACUCCACGUACUUGCUGAAAAUGUAGAUCAGAUUUGUAACCAUAUUUAUAAAAUAUUAAUGGUUUUGUUGGAUGUGCGGCCGUAUUUUUUUUCCAUUUUUGAAUUGAAAAUGUUUUUUAUCUCUUUUGCUUUCAUUGGUCUUUCGUUUUGUAUUACGACUGUACACAUUUUCACUUGUCAAUAAAGCUUUUACGUGCACAGUAUUCACGCAGCCGUACGAUCAUCA